UCCUCCCCUCCCCCGAAGACAGACCGGCGGAGGCCUUUGGAGCCGCCUCCGGAGCGAGCGCUGGCUUAGUUUCGGUGCGGCCGCCUCCGAGUGUGUCCAGCUCGCACGACGACGAAGACGACGCCUCCGGAGUGCAGCAGAUCAGCGAGACAUGUAGGAAGCAGCAGCCACCAUGGUCGGCUCGGUUUUGCCCGAUGUGACCGCAGAGGUCCGCUGGACGCUGAACGCCACCAGUUUCUUGGAGCAACUGGAAAAUGCGACCGAGUUCGCGUCCAUCGCACCCUCGGCCGCUCCCAGGAGACAUUUGGGGGUGGCAAUGCAGGCCAUCAUCACUGCCAGCUACGUCCUUGGUGUGGUGGGCAACGGCGCGGCUCUGGUGAUCCUGUCGCGCGAGAAAAAGCGACCGGGCUGGGGUCGCAACACGAGCAAACACCACCUGAUGUUGCGGUGCCUAGCUGGAAACGAUUUGGUCGCGCUGCUGGGCAUGCUGGUGCUGAUGCACGCCCAACUCUAUCUGCCGCCAGGGUUCACCGCCACCCAGGGCUACUGCGCGGCGCGACUCAUGAUGCGCGUCUUCGGCCUCGGCUCCGGCAUGGUGGCCCUCGUCAUGGCCGCCGAACGCUGGCUCGCCCUUUCCCACCCCUUCGUCUACCAACAGCACGUGACGUACCACCUGAUCCAGCGCAGCAUUUUCACCCUUUGGGCCCUGGUGGUACUGCUAGUGAGUCUGCCGCUGUUCGGUUUUGGCAUGUACUACAAGCCCGGGCCGCCCGUCAAGUGCGAGAGGUACCGACAAGCCAACGACCCCGCCGGCAUCGCUUACGCCUACCUCUUCUUCACGUUUGGAUCACUUCUGUGCUUGGCCAUCGUGGGCUUCAAUCUGGCAGUGGUGCGAGCUCUGUGCAGCAUAGGCCGGCGCUCGAUGUUGGACCGGAGAGUGAGCAGCCGAUCGUCCUCCAACACGCAUCAUUCCAACUAUCGGAGUCUGGCCGCCUCCAAGUCAUUGGCUGCCACCCCCGAGGAAUUGGCUUUCGUGCGUCUCAUGACCGCUCUGUGCGUCAUUUUUCUCGUCUGCUGGAUGCCUCAAAUGAUCGCUAUUCCAGUGUCUCGGAUGUACCCGAACGCCACGCCUUUGUUGCGGAUAGCGGACGUGCUGAUGUCUUUUCACUUCUCGCUCGACCCCUAUAUUUACGUUCUACUGCGGUGUCGGCGUAGGCCGUGUGUGCAAGCCUUCCUCAAGGUCGUGUGUCGCUCGUCCAGUUUCCGCCACUCUGACCAUCCGGUAUCGGAUCACCCAUCAAAGCACACUACCUCUGACGCCACCACCCCCAAGACGGCUCCAAGACGUCCGGACAUGGUGCUCGAGCACCGCGUUUGAGCGAGGCCCUUGCUGCGAUCAAUGUGAUUUUUCUGACUCAAAAUGAGACGGUGCCCGUGGAUUUUCUCUCACGCACAACUUAUUGUGUGCAUUUUACCUCCAGAAAAUCAGUGUUGCAUUUUAGAAGCUGUUUUAGGCAUUGAUUUAAAACAAGCUGUCUUUUUGGUCAUUUGUGCAGAUAGAGAAUACGUCCAGAUAUAUGCCUUUUUUGGUUUCCCCCUUUUUGUUUUAGCUUUUUGAUGUUAACUCUUAAUAAACACUAUAUAUUCGAAAUUUCACCAUUUGAAAACUGAGACUGGAAACUAAUGCAUAAAUGGCUGAAUUUUAAACUAAUUAUAAAAUUACAAACGAAGGUGUGUUAAGUCAACUUCCAUUUGUAAACAAGUCACUUUUAGUUCAACAUUCCAUUAAUUAGCUUUCUUUGAGUACAAUCAGUAAAAUAAGUAGUAAGGAUGACUGUUAAAUGCUAGUUAUUUCAAGAAAGUUUAUACAAAGAUGUUCGUGUUAUGUGCCCUUGAGAGGCUUUAAUCAAUCGACACUAACUACAUUGUAAGUUAAAAUGGUAUUGCUCAUUAACAAAUCGCUGAAUGUGCAUUUGACUCUAAAUUGAUACUAGCCACUACUAUUCAGAUUGUUCAACGUUGUUGGCAAUUGGCAGCAGAACUACAAAUUAGUUGAAAAUAAUACGAAUAUAAUUUUUGUAACUUAUAAUUGAAGGCUAAGCUGCUGGUACAGAAUGGUAUUUAUUUUUUAACAUGUACACUGAGAGGUGUCUAAUAGAAAGGGUUCACAGCGGGGAAAUCAUACUCUUGUUGUACAUACCACUAAGUACAUAAGUAAAUGUUUUUGGGUAGCUGUGGACCACGUCACUCAAAGAUUACCUGUUAUAAAAAUACGCACAGAGAUUUUCAUGUUAAAUAACUAUAUAGUGAGACCAGAUACCGUUUUCAAACGAAAAAAAUUUAGAGGUUAAUAAGUCUAGGUGUUUUAACAAAAAAGAAUUGGAGAUCCUGAUUCAGGUACAGUUUAACGUUAAUUGAUUCAAUGUGAUGUUUUGAAAACUAAACAGUGCAUACAGUGAGGCGGAUAUUGCGUUCACUGACAACUUUUAUUAUUUUUAUUUGUAGCUUUACAUUGAAAUAAAAUUGUAAAAAAUGGC